UAAGGUAAAGUUGCAAUCCAAUCCAAAUAUUGCAUUCAAAGUGAAAGAUGGAGUUUACGUCAUCUCAUAUCCAAGAAUGUCGGUUCAACUUUUCGUGAUCUACCAUGAUAGAAAAUUCCAAAUCAAUUUUUUUUGUUUUUUAUCUCGAUAUAUUUACUAGAAAGUCUCAGUAUUAAUAAAAUUUGAAGUAAUAUUGUUUAAAUUGAACUGAUCAGUAAAAGAGGAAGAAUUAAGAAUUGAUCAGAGCACCGAGAGCACCGAUUCCAUUAGAAAAGUUACAUCAAUAUAAUCUGAUUGAAUCAAAGUUAAAAAUAAAUUAAAUUCAUACAACAGACCAUCAAUUACACCAUCAUAAAAACUUUAAUUUGAAUAUCAAAGUUCACCAUCAUAAAAACCUUAAUUUGAAUAUCAAGUUCAGUCGGUAAAAAACAGCCCGGCCCGCCGGGAUGCAUCUUCCAUAUAUUCUUAUUUCUGUUGAUAGCUACUAAAUUGUGUGUAGAUGGCAACAUGAUCAGAAUGUUACACGAUCAAUGAGGCUAAGUGGAUUUUUGUCGUUGGUACGUACGUUGCCAAUCUUGGCACAAUCGAAUUACAGGGCCUUUACAUCAUACUGUAAUAUAAACCCUGAUCUGGGUGUUUACUACAAAAACAAAACAAUUAAUGAAUUAAUCAGAUCCAGGCGUCUCGACGAUGCCCAGAACCUUUUCGAUCAAAUGUCUAUAAGAGAUAGCAUUACAUAUAAUUUGCUAAUUACUGGGCACGGUCGAUAUGGGAAUCCAAAGCAAGCACUGUAUAUUUAUAAGGAAAUGGUUUCACAGGAAAUCCAAGAAACUGGUCCUACAUAUUCGUCUGUGAUUACUGUUUGUGCGAAUGAGGGGUUUUAUAGAGAAGGUAUUCAAGUUCAUUGCAGGGUGAUUUCACUUGGGUUUGGAUUGAAUUUGUUUAUUGGGAGCUCACUUGUUAACCUAUAUCUUCAUAUGGGACUUGUUGAUGUGGCUUGGAAGUUGUUCGAUCAAUUGCCUGAACGGAAUUUAGCCGCAUGGAAUCUGCUGUUAAACGGGUUUUUGGAGCUUGGAAAAAUAGAGGAAUUAUUUGGGUUGCACGACCAAAUGAAAUGGGAGGGUGUCAAGCCAAAUGGUCUUAGUUUUUGUUAUUUAAUUCGUGCUUGCUGUAAUGCGAGGUUUCUGGACGAAGGAAUGCAGCUGCAUUGUCAUGUGAUUAAAGCUGGAUGGGUGGAAUGCAAUGUUUUUGUUGCCAAUGCUUUGGUGGACUUUUAUUCUGCUUGUGGGAAUUUCAUUGAUGCUAGGAAAGCGUUUUUGUUAAUUCCUGUUGAAGAUGUGAUAUCAUGGAAUUCCAUCAUUUCUGUAUAUGUGGAGAAUGAUUUGUUGUAUGAUGCUAUUGAAUUACUUAGUAGGAUGCAUUUCUGGGAUAAAAAGCCUUCAAUUCGUUCCUUUGUGGGGCUCUUGAAUUUAUCCAGUAGAAGAGAGAAUAUUCUGUUAGGGAGGCAAAUUCACUGUUUUAUAACAAAAGUAGGGUUUGAUUUAGGGAGUGUUCAUAUUCAGUCAGCGUUAAUUGAUAUGUAUGGAAAAUGUGGUGAAAUUGAAAGCUCUCUGUCUGUAUAUGGGAGGGCAUCUAAGAGAACUUUGGAGUGUUGUAACUCAUUAAUAACCUCCUUUUUGCACUGUGGUAUCACUGGUGACGUGUUUGAGAUUUUUGGUUUGAUGGUUGAUGAAGGAAUUAGGAUUGAUGAGGUUACUCUUUCUACAACACUAAAAGCAUUAUCACUGUCUACUUGGGCUAGUUUGGACAGCUGCAGACUGUUGCACUGCUGUGCUAUAAAAUCCGGUUAUGAAUCUGAUGUCGCAGUUUCAUGUUCUCUUAUUGAUUUGUAUUCAAGAUGUGGGCAUUUUGAACUCUCCCGCAAGGUUUUCGAAACCCUUCCUUUACCAAACAUCUUCUGCUUUGCAUCUAUAAUCAAUGGAUAUGCCCGAAAUGGUAUGGGCAAUGAAAGUGUCAGCCUGUUGGAAGCAAUGAUCCAGAAGGGCCUAGUACCUGAUAAGGUGACAUUCUUAUGUGUUUUAAAUGGGUGCAACCAUGCAGGAUUACUUGAAGAAGGAAAGUUUGUGUUUAACUUGAUGAAAUCUUUUGGCAUUUGCCCAGAACGACAACAUUUUUCGUGUAUGGUAGAUCUUUUAGGCCGUGCAGGUCUAGUGUAUGAAGCUGAGGAGUUGCUGCAACAGUCACCAGGAGGGGGUGAUUCUGUAAUGUGGAGCUCAUUGCUGCGAAGUUGUGGGGUCCACAAGAAUGAAAUAGUCGGUAAAAGAGUGGCAAAAGUCUUGAUGGAGCUUGGUCAGGAUAGUUUUGCCAUUUAUUUGCAAGUGUCAAAUUUUUAUUCUGAAGUUGGGGAAUUUAAAGCCUCAUUACAAAUCAGAGAACUUGCUAUGGCUAGAAAGGUGAUGAGGGAGAUUGGUCACAGUUCAAUUGAGGUGAAGACUUACAGUUAACAUGCUUUUCUUAUACUGCUAAAAUUUACCUCGCAUUGUCAUCCAGCUGAGAACUUUGGAACAAUGCUUGCUAGUCUGUUCCAGCAUUAUUUCCAUGAAAGUAAAACCUGUUCGUGAAAUCUUCAUCUUCUGCUUAAAUCUUCUAAAGAUCUGUUGCUUUAGCUUGAAGCCUUGGCUUGUAACUGGAAAAGGACCCCUUUCCCUCCUGAUUCGCUAAUUCAAGUUUCUUUUUAAGGUACUGAUUGCCCCACAGAAUAUCCAUGCAUGCAUGCAUGGUGCUUUUUUUUUUUCAUUUCUCAAUUUAUAGAAUAGGGUUUACUAAAUAAUAUAAUAUAAUACACUUUGUUGAUUCAUUUA